AUGUCGAUGUUUGGACCUGGCUCCACCAUUGAUUAUUCUAUAUCUAAUGAUGACCAUUAUAUGGCUCAGAUUGCAAAACAUGUUGGAGCUGAUGCUGUUUUAAAUAAAAAAACUCUUGUUGAUAUUAUCACUAACCAAUAUUGCUUUCCAGAUGAUCAAAGAGUUUUAACGUGGAGAUACUUACUCCAUAUUCCUAUGAAUGAACAAGAAUAUACACUCUUAGCAUCUCAGCAACUUCAUCCUGCUGUUCGACAAUUAACAUUAUCACUCCCAAUUCGUUAUACUUCAAUAUCAAACAGAUUAUCACGCUUACUUUCAACUCUUAUGUACUGGCAUCCAGCACUUGCAGAAUGCGAUUGGCUUCCAGCUUUAGUAUUUCCAUUUCUCCGUGUUUUCGAACGUGACUCUCUAAUUACUUUCGAAAUUGUUGCAACAGUUAUUAUGAACUGGUGUAAAGAAUGGCUAAACUUCAUUCCAAAUCCUCCAAUUACUGUUUUAUCAAGAAUUGAUAGAAUUGUCGCCGCUCAUGGAGGAAAAUCUCCUAUUUCAGUAACAUGGCCAGCUCUUAGAAGCUUCUUCGGUGAAGUUGCAACAACUGAAGCUGCUUUAAUCUUAUUUGAUAAUAUCAUUACUUCUCAUCCAUGCUUUAUCGAGUAUCUAGUUGCAUCAUUUGCAAUGAUUAAAGGAAACAAGGUUGUUGACGUUCAUAAUUAUAAAAUAGUGAUCAAUCGCGCUCGACAAUUUUUCGAAGAAGAUGAAAACAAGAACUUAAACUUGGAGCCAUUCCAUCCUCUUCCUCGUGGAUCAUAUCCAAUUAUUUCGAUUGUCAAGAAGACACCGUUAUGGAAAGAGCAAGAAUUGGCAAGAAUCAAGCUUGAAUCAGAACAAGAACAAAAGAAAGAUGAAGAAAAAGUUGACAUUGAAAGAGAAAGUGCUUUAAUCGAAAGAAGACGUCGUAACUGGAUGGCUGAAAGAACAGUACUUAGAGAAAUUGAAGAAGAACAAAUGGCUGAAUUCAGGAGACGCGAGAAAGAAAUUUUGAUGCGUGAAAAUCAAAAGGAAGAAUUGAAUUUAGAAAUUAAAAGAGAAAGACUUCGAAAGAGAAGAAUAGAAGAAGAAAAUGCAAUGGAUGAAUGGAGAGCUGAUUGUGCCAAAGUUCAAAACGAAAUGAGACAAAUUGUAGAUUCAAGAAGACAAACUUGGUCGAAAUGGAUCAAUACUAAAGAAAAUGCUGCAAAGCUGGCUCACGAACAAGUCGAAGAAGAAUUAGAGAUGAUCAGGCAAAGAGAUGAAAUGAGAAAACAAGAAAUAUUAAAGCAUGACAAAGCAAUGGAAGAAGGUGCAAGGGAAGAGCAAGAAAUUCUAAACCUCGCUACACAGAGAAGUCAACAACUUGAAGAUGAAAGAUUCAAAUUAAGAGAAACUCUUGAAAUGGCAAGAAGAAAGAGUGCUGAGAAAUUCUCUAAGAAAGGUGGAAGGGUUAGCCAAAAUAACUAG